UAGAGCAGCGUCAGUAAUCCAACUGCGACGCAGAUCUUCCCUCCUCACCACACUAGACAGCUCAACGCGCGCACACACAAUGUUAUUCAAGCAAUGAAUCCUGCGAAUUUCACUAGAACUAAAAGAAAUACAGAAGAAUAUAUAUUUGCGGUUGGUACUUACAAAAUCCUUGCUUUUGCUAUCGGAACAAUCGGAUUCUUCGGAUUUUGCAACAAUAUUAUUGUCAUCAUGCUGUACUACAGAUUCAAGAGACUCCGGACCCCCACAAAUUUGUUAAUAGUAAACAUAAGUAUAAGUGACUUGUUGGUGUCUGUCAUUGGAAUUAACUUUACGUUUGUUUCGUGCAUCAAAGGCGGAUGGGACUGGAACUCGGCAACAUGCGUCUGGGACGGAUUCAGCAACAGUUUAUUUGGCAUCGUGUCCAUCAUGAGUCUUUCAGCUCUGGCAUACGAGCGCUAUAUCCGGGUGGUCUAUGCUCAGGUGGUGGACUUCCCCUGGGCCUGGAGGUGCAUCACCCACAUCUGGCUCUACUCCCUGGCCUGGACAGGGGCUCCUCUUCUGGGGUGGAACCGCUACACCCUGGAGAUCCACCAGUUAGGCUGCUCCCUGGACUGGACAUCCAAGGACCCUAUCGAUGCCUCCUUCAUUCUCCUCUUUCUCCUGGCCUGCUUCUUUGUCCCCGUGGGCAUUAUGAUUUACUGCUAUGGGAACAUUCUCUACACGGUGCGAAUGCUCCACUCCAUCCAGGACCUUCAGACAUUGCAGAUCAUUAAGAUCCUGCGCUAUGAGAAAAAGGUGGCCAUCAUGUUCUUGUUGAUGAUCUCCUGUUUCCUGGUGUGCUGGACACCAUAUGCCGUGGUGUCCAUGAUGGAAGCCUUUGGCAGGAAGAGCAUGAUCACCCCCGCCAUCGCCAUCGUCCCCUCCGUCUUCGCUAAAUCCAGCACGGCCUAUAACCCUCUCAUCUACAUCUUCAUGAGCAGAAAGUUCCGGCACUGCUUGCUGCAGCUGCUGUGCUCCCGGCACUCGUGGAUUCAGCGCAGCAUCAAGGACCGCCCCCUGGCCCGGAGCAUCGAGCGGCCUAUCCGCCCAAUCGUCAUGUCCCACCGAGGGGGCGGGGAACGACCAAAGAAGAGGGUGACCUUCAGCUCCUCCUCCAUCGUCUUCAUCAUCGCCAGCAAUGACGUGCACCACCUGGACACCACCUCCAAGAGCGGCGGUAUGUCGUCAGAGGGCAUCCAGGUGCGGCCGCUGUGACAGAGCAUUAUGGGUACUGUAGUACAUCAUGCUACACCCAGGUCACCAUGGGAACUGACUAAUCACCUCAUAUCACCUGUUCCUCUGUAUACCUCAGGACUUCCUCUCAUGAAACACAGAAUCCAGAAGUUCCAAAACACCCUUCUGACACAAGACUACUGGUUCUCAUUUUAGCCUUUUUUAAGAUCCAUCGCUAUAAACUGUAGAGACUUUUUCCCAACCCUCUUUCACUGUGCCUCAGAAGGAACAAACCCUUGAAGUGUUCAAAGUACUGUAUGCAGACUGUCUCACCGUGAACGCUCUUAAACACUCCAUUCUACCAUCUAUCCUAUCAGUUAUGGUAACCGAAUGAUGUAGCUGUGAGUUUGUGACCUAUUUCUCUUGGCUCGAACACUGUUGUUUUCAAUGGCACCUCUGUAAUUGUGUCUGCCAGCCUUUGACAUAGUCUCAUGCUGAGCUGGGUGUUUUUAAACAGUACCCCCUGUGUCAUACCGGAGGUCAGCAGUGUUAAUGGACCAGUGAUUGGCUGAGGAAGAGAAAGUGAUGUUGAUUAUUACUAUUUCCCUGGUUGGCAGCUUUAUUGUGCUGAAUGAACUUAUGAGGAAAUGCCUUACAAUAUUGCAGCAGCACAUUCUGCACAACACUCUCUCCACCUUUGUCACAUCCAGAUACAAGAAAUAUAUCCUAUAUUCAGGGGUGAAAGUAGAUUUAAAUUCUUCCCGGUACAGGGACCUCCUAUAUGUGUGCACGCACUUAAUUCUGCUUAUAUUUUCCAACAUUUGGUAGGCUAUUUGUUUGUCAACUUGUCUAUAAUUAGAUACAUGCAGCUUCUCUUCUGUCAUUACUUGAUGCUCGUCUAGAAUACUAAAUAAAGCCUUGCUCACCAGAAUAAUGUCAUAAACUGAUAGAAUGAUCAAUGCAUCAUCAACAAUAUAGUUGAUGUCUAUAAAG